AUGGCCGCCGCCGUCAACGCCGAGUCGGAGCCGCAGCGGCCACCCGCGGUGCGCUUCGCAACCGCCGUCGUUCGGUUCUUGCUUGCGCAGUGGCUCAUCAUCGGAUUUGGCUUCGCCUGCGUCUUGGCCUAUUUCUUUCCCCAUGUCGCCGCCCACGGAGGCUCCAUCCGCUCCGAGUACAGCAUCUUGUACGGCGCCGUCGCCUUCAUCUUCCUCGUCAGCGGCCUGCAGCUGAGCCCGGCCAAGCUCAAGCAGAGCCUGACGAGCUGGCGCCUGCACGUCCUCGUCCAGGGCAUCAGCUUCCUCGUCUUUCCCACCGUCGUAUUGGCAAUAUUCCAUAUUUGCAUCGCCGCCGGCGCCCUCCGCACCGGCACCCCUUCCAUCCCCGUCCUCGUCGGCCUGCUCGCCACCGCGUGCCUGCCCACCACCAUUGCCUCCAACGUGGUCAUGACGCGCAGCGCGGGCGGCGACGAGGCGGCCGCCGUCAUCUCCGUCGUCCUCGGCAACGUCUUUGGCUCCUUUCUCUCGCCGCUGCUCAUCUACGGCCUCGUGCCCACCGACGACGCCUUCCAGCCCUGGCGGCCCGCCGGCCCCAGCACCCUCGGCCGCAUGUACGCCGACGUCGCCAAGCAGCUAGGUCUCAGCGUCAUCUUGCCGCUUGUUGUCGGGCAGGCGCUCCGGUGGACUUGGGAACCCAAAGUUGUCAAGGUGCUGAACCUGCUGAAGCUGCCCAAGCUGUCAGCCUGCUGUCUUAUUCUGCUAGUUUGGACAACGUUUUCGGGCGCAUUCGAGACAGGCGCACUUUUCAAAAUCUCAAAGCCUUCUGUCGUGUGGAUCAUCUUUAUGAAUAUUGCGCUCUACCUGCUCUUCACAGUGAUAUGCUUCUUCGCUGCUCGGCCUCCGCUGGCUCUCGCUCGGCUCUUCAACCCGAUAAUGGCCGACUCCAAACUUGGCAGACGACUGCCCAGUUUUAUUCGUCGCAUAUUGACUAUUCGCCAGAUGAGCAUGGAAGAAACCAUUGCCGUGUGCUUCUGUGGCGCGGCCAAGACUACGAGUCUGGGUAUCCCGCUGGUGGCUGCCAUGUGGGCUGCCGCAGACAACCUAACAAGGGCAUUCAUUCAAAUACCAGUUCUCUUGUAUACUAUCGAACAGGUCUUCGUGGCACAGUUACUUGUCCACGUCUUUAAGUGGUACAUGCGGCGUAUGGGAAAGCACCAUUCAGAUUCCGAGACGCAGGCAGACACAGAGCCAGAGGAGCAGCAACAUAUGGAACCUCAAACGCAAACGAAAGCGUAUAUGACGGGUAACAAAAGUCGAAAAGAGGAUAAACAGUCAAAAUAA